AUGGAGGCCAGGGAAGGAAGAGCAUACGCCCAGUGGGUAGUCCUAGAUCUUAUCAACCGUAUGAGACAGAGUGAUCUUCAGGUCAAGAACGCAUGGGCCCGUUGGGGCAAGUUUCAUAAGGACGGCGAUAAGGAUACUGAAAUUACUGCAGAGGAUGUGAAUAAAAUCUUUGCUCCUCCUGGGAAGAGAUGCUUUGUCUCCGCAUGCGGCCGAGAGCAUUCACCAUCGGGAACUGAAGGCGAUAUUGACCUUUUUGAGGGCAAUACUAAGAUCUGCAAGGUCUACUGGGAAUGUCCUUGGGGGAGUCCCAACAAUAUAAUGCGGAUUCUAGACUACGACCCCGCCACCUCCAAUUACGCUGUUGUUCUUGGGCCUUGGAAUAGCAGUGGUGGUGCUCUUGGUAAAGUCGAUAUUACAAUAUCAAAACUAGCUUAG